AUGACAGGUUCCCCAGUGGGGAUCCACCUGAAACCUGGAGCUGUACCGUUUGCUGUGCAUACGCCCAGGCCCAUUCCAUUUGCCCUCAAGGAUCAAGUGAAAGAAGAACUUGACUUCUUAGUGAAACAAGGAAUUAUCACACCAGCAGGAUCUCCCUUCCCACCUACAACACAUACACCAAAAGCUUACCAGGUGCCACCAUACGGCAUCACCCUCAACAAGGACAAAUUCACUGUAGCUGCCCCGAAAGUUAACUUCUGUGAUAAUGUCCUGUCAUCCGAUGGUAUUGUAGCAGACCCCGUUAAGGUAUCCAUUAUAUGUGACUUCCCCACACCGUCCAAUGUCACAGACCUCAGGUCAUUUAUGGGUCUCGUCAAUCAACUUGCUGACUUCACUCCAGACAUCGCAGAUACAGCGCAGCACCUAAACCCACUUAUUAGCCCCAAACGCUCUUUCAUUUGGACCCCUGAUCAUGAGCAACCAUUUAAGAAAGUCAAGACAGCUCUGACUUCACCACUGGUCCUUGCACCCUUCAACCCAGCCUUGCCCGCGGUCCUGCGAACAGACACCUCAUGCCUGUAUGGCCUCGGAUAUGCCCUGCUUCAAGAAAACAGCCGUAGUCAGACACGUCUUGUCCAGUGUGGCUCUCGUUUCCUGACGGACACAGAAACGCUACCAUAG